GUCGGCCAACUUGAACUUGAAUCGCGGAAUCGACAGGUGGGGGUAGGCGGGAGACUGUGAUUAGAUUAACUAUAGGUACCUUACCUACUAGUAGGGGACCUUAGGUGAGCCAGGCGCCCGGCAUCCUCUAUCUGUGAUUGUUCUGGGGGCGGUGGGGGGUGCGAGGCUUUUUUGCUUUAACUGUGCUUGCCCGGACCCUACCUGAGGGCUGCCUAUGCCAGCGCCUGCCACUCCAGCAAAGCCGGAGGUCAGGCACUGCCUGUGCCGCCAGCGGGCAUGCUGCCCCUCUGCAUUGUUAUUUGUUGUCUUGCAAGCUCGCCCUGUGUGUCUGGCAUCCCUGGCCCGCGGCGAUUGUUGACACACCUUGACCAUGGAUGCCUAGGUGACUUGUGACACCAAACAUUUCUCUCUCAGGGCACAGAACAUGCAUUCACCACGGUAAGUCGAUCGAAUGCUCGCAGUGAUGCUGACAGCGGGAGAUCCCAUGAGUACCUAAGGUGGACGGUCAGCACCUGAUCUGACCAGCAUCCACCUUCCCUCGAACGCUUUACCCGUAACAGCAAUCUCCAACUGGCGAGAUGACACAAUACUUUAUGCUGGGCCUUUUGUUCUCUGUCCUACCAAACAUAGCAUCAUCCUUGGUGUCCCAUUCGACAAGACGGACAUAUCCAGCUUGAGUCAUUCGUAGUCGCCUUGAACAAAGCAGGCUGUUGUUCUUCUUCUUCGCCAACAGCAAACAGAAGAGGAAGAAGAAUGCCGUGAAUUGAAGCGCAGGGAGUCUGAUUUUCUACAAGCAGCGAAGUCUGGAACGUGAGGAGAGGAAUCCCUCGGAAACAAGAUGGCGCAAAAAAGAACAACAAUCGACUGGUCACUGUACCUAGUGACGGACUCCACGCCAGCAAUCCUCGGCGACAAGGAUAUUGUCAAGGUAGUUGAACAAGCCAUCCAAGGUGGUGUUACGGUGGUCCAGUAUCGCGACAAACAUGCAGACACGGGAGUAAUGGUCGAUACCGCCUCAAAAAUCCAUUCCAUCACUCGCAAAUACAAUGUUCCCUUACUGAUCAACGACCGAUUCGAUGUGUGCCAGGCUGUGGGCGCCGAAGGCGUGCAUAUAGGUCAAGACGACAUGGAAUGCGUUGAAGCGCGGAGGAUCCUAGGCCCCGAUGCCAUCAUAGGGGUCACAGCCUCGUCAGUCAUCGAAGCACAGAAGGCCAUCGACGAUGGGGCUGACUACCUCGGAAUCGGCACAACAUUUGCAACGCCCACAAAGACAGAUACCAAAUCUAUCAUCGGCACACGGGGGCUUCAGGAAAUCCUUGCGUCUUGCUCAACCGGAACAGAAAAGUCCAUCCCGUGCGUUGCCAUUGGCAGCAUUAACGCCUCCAAUGUUCAGCGUGUCCUACACCAGUCCGCCCAUGGCUCCAACCGCCUCAAUGGAGUAGCGGUAGUAAGUGCCAUAAUGGCAUCCACGGAUCCCCAAGCCUCAGCCAGAUCGUUGCUCGAAUUGAUCAAGGCCACCCCAGCAAAGUACUACGCUGCGAUUCCGCCGCAAGCCACACUGGUGACUAAUCUCGACAAACUGGUCGCGCAAGUCCCUGGCAUUAUCCAAUCCCAUGUAUCGUCCUCCGUGCUUUGCCACAACAUGACCAACACCGUUGUGCAGAACUUUGCGGCCAACGUGUGCCUCGCGACCGGCGCAUCACCUAUCAUGUCUGAGAACGGGGUGGAGGCUCCAGACCUGGCUCGCCUGGGCGGCGCGCUCGUCAUCAACAUGGGCACGGCUACCCCGGCGAAAAUGGAGGCCUUCACCGCAGGCAUGAGAGCAUACAAUGCCGUUGGGGCAUCUGUUCUUUUCGACCCUGUAGGUGGUGGCGCAACUGCGAGCCGUCGGAAUGCCGUUAAGACGCUUCUUGCGGCUGGGUUCUUCAGCGUCAUCAAGGGCAACGAACGUGAAAUAGGCGCCGUGGCCGGCACGUCUACGACACAGCAACGGGGUGUGGAUUCCGGACCCUCGGCUUCUACAGCAGAAGAAAAGGCCAACCUGGUCAAGGACAUCGCCCUCAGGGAACAUUGCAUCGUGCUUAUGACGGGGAAGACGGACUAUCUCUCAGACGGCGUGCGGACCGUUGCCAUCAACAACGGCUCUCGGUGGCUAGGCAAUAUCACUGGCUCAGGUUGUGCCUUGGGCUCGAUCAUCGCCAGUUACGUCGCAGUGCAUCCGCAAGACAAAUUCUUGGCGGCUCUGGCUGGGAUCUUGCAUUAUGAAAUCGCCGCGGAAAGAGCAGAGGCUCGACAGGACUGUAAGGGUCCCGGGAGCUUCAUCCCGGCAUUCCUGGACGAGUUAUACCUAUUGGGCGAAGAUAUCAAAGAAGGCACGGGCAUCGGCGGUCAUGGCGAAUUCGCAAGGCAUGUCCGAGUCGAAAUGCUCACGUCUGCAUGAGGACGAGACAACACCACAAUGUGGCAUUAGUACACUGAUGUAAGUUAUCCUUGCAUAUAGAUGUGGGAAAAUCAAAUGAUGAAAAUACCUUUACAAAAGCUAGGUCUGCCGUUCUGCUCGUCUUCCUCCCCUGCCUGGCCCUACACUUGUGGCCUCGUGACUUCGUCUAAACAAUGGCAUUUUCCCUCUGCACAGGGUCGGAUGUCUUGCUCGAUAUCGAGCCUGACCCACCGCUUCCAUUGUGACCUGUUGUCUGUGGAAAUAUUCGGCUGCUGUUCCUUCACACCCCGCAGGGCUGUGGCCAGCAGAAAAUCCUCGUCGUAUGCGACCAGUUCAAUAUCAACAUCCUCUACCUCCCGCCCGUACAGGAGCGUCUUCACCCCUCGCUCAGCCUUUUCCGGCGGUGUCCAUUUGCCAACUUCAUCUUCCCGCGAAAGUGUAUUUGACGAUAGGUGAACAUUGGGUUUGUGGUCAUUGUUGACAGUCGUUUGAUGUUUUGAUACUCCUUUCGAAUCUGAACUUGUGGGGUUUGGUGACCGUGACAAAGGACGAGCAGGAGUAGACGUCUGAUUCCAGCUUCUCCGGGGCAUGCCAGUCGGCGAUGGCGGAGCCACAACGUUCAUGAACUCGAGUUUCUGCAGCCAGCUCGCCAGCAGUCCUUCGCCGACCAUUUUGAUAUAUGCCUCCUUGAGGGCCCAGUAGGCAUAAAACCGACGGAGCUUCAGGUGAAUGAGCUUCGCCUCUCGUGACGAACCCGGUUCAGCUGCUCCUGUGCCGUAGCUGUUGCCAUUCGGUGCAGUGUCAGAUGAGGACGUAGUGUCGCUGUCCCAGUAGUCCCCUUCCUCGCGCUCCACGACAGGAACGUGGAUGGGCGCAUGUCGCAUGGUCCAGCGCUCCCUCUCCGAGAACAUCUCGGCGAAAAUGUCCACCCACUCGUCGAACUGGGCUUGCGUCGUCAUAUCUUGUGGCGUCCGUCUGUCUUCGUUUGUGCAGGCGAUGUCCACCCCGAGCCUGAUCUCAUCGGCUGCGAGAAUGGGUGUGCGGUGACCGGUCAAAUCCAGUUGGUCAAGAGCCUUGUUGAUCGUAGAAGAGUCACUAUGAGUAUGUGGAGUCGGGAGUUGAGCCCGGGGCGUGCUGCAGCCAAUGAUGGCGACAAGGCCAGCUUGAUGCGAAACAUUGAAUUCUAGCCCUCCGAUCUUGCUACACGUUUCCUCGGGAAGCUCG